AUGGCAUUAACCUCGCCGGCGCUGGAUCCGAGGCGGGCGGCACCAGACCGCGACGGAUCGCAGCCACACGGCCAUCAUACCGGCUCACGCUCUCUCAUCUCUUCAUUGUCACAUGAGAGGGUCACCAGAGAACCUCGGGACAUGACUACGGCCGGGCGAGGGAUGGCGGUCCUCAUCGCAAGCCUGAUCACCUCCAUCACACCGACAGUAUUGGCGCAGCAGGCGGAGCCUCCCAUCCCCGCUGCCUGCGGCGCUUUCCAGGUGUCGGGAUUCUUCCAGGACAAAAAACUAGAGGUCCAGUUUCUGCUCUACACCCCCCGCAACCCCACCUGUGCACAGGUCAUCCAUCUCAACCAAUCAGGAGGCAUCGAGAGCUCCACCUUCAAUGCCUCUCUGGACACCAAAAUCAUCAUACAUGGAUUCAGGGUCCUAGGAACAAAGCCAUCCUGGAUUGAAAACAUGGUGGAGGCGCUGCUUAGCGCUGGAGAGCGAAUCUGGUGGUGGUAGACUGGGUGUCCGGCUCUACCGCCAAGUAUAACCAAGCCGUGGAGAACGUGCCGAAGCUCACCAUCGUGUUAGUGGCGCUUAUAAACCGCUUUUUGGAGCUCGGAUCCACCUUGGAGUCUCUCCACCUGAUUGGGGUGUCCCUAGGGGCCCAUGUGGCUGGCAACAUUGGCAGUUACUUUGGUGGCCGCAUUGGUUGGAUCACAGGUCUGGAUCCAGCAGCGUACAAGUUCACAAGGACUCACCCGGACGACAGGCUCGACCCUGGAGAUGCUCUGUUUGUGGAUGCCAUUCACACCGAUACAGACAGUAAUUUUUCAUGCAUUCAUCAUUACAAGGACAUACAUGUUGCAUGA